ACAUCCCGGAGUAUAAAAGCUGAUCUGCAACAACACAAUCCACAUUCAGAUGAAAGCUGUACAUUCAGUAGCUCUGAGCUGCACAAAAACACUGGACACAAUAUGAGUAAACAGGAAGAAGAGAAGGAAAUGGACAGGAAGGUGGACCCAAUGUCCUGCAACAUCCUCAAUGAGCUGCGGUUAGAGAAGCAGCUCUGUGACGUAGUCCUCAUGGUGGACGGCGCCGAGUUCCACGUGCACAAGAUCAUCCUGUGUGGCUGCAGCCUGUACUUCAUGGCUCUCUUCAACCACGCCUGGUACCCUCCUGAUAAGCCCAGGUACAGCAUCCCUAACAUUUCUGCCGAGAUAAUGGAGCUGAUCGUGGAGUACGUGUAUAUAAGACGUGUUAACAUCACGGAGAAAAACGUGUGUAAACUGCUGAUCGCUGCUGAUUAUCUGUUGGUGACCAGCCUGGUGAAUCAAUGCUGCGCAUUCCUGAAGGCUCAGCUGUGUCCAGAGAACUGCGUUAACAUCUGGCAUUUUGCUCACUCCUACUUCUGCGAGACGUUGGAGCAGCAGGCCUUCCUGUUUAUCUUGCACAACUUUGAGGAGGUGGUGCGCCUCUCUGAGGAGUUCCUGGACCUGACAGUCGAGCAGCUGAGCGAGAUCAUCGAGAAGGACGAACUGAUUGUGAAACGGGAGAGCGUGGUGUUCGAGGCCAUCUUACAGUGGAUCAAACAUGCGCCAUGGAAACGGAAAGCGCACAUAGGAGUGUUACUGCCCAAGGUGCGUCUGGGGCUACUGCCGCACGAUUACCUUAUGAACAAUGUGAGCCACAACGUUUUAGUGAUGGACGACGUGACAUGUAAGCCGAUUGUCACCAGCGUUCUGAUGGGCAUCGAUGACCUCAACCCGAGCCUUUUUCUCAGCUCUGAUCUCACGAGACGCCGCCUGCCCAGCGCCGUUCUGCUGGCCAUCGGUGGCUGGACCCCAGGGGGUGUCACCAAUACCAUAGAAGCGUACGAUACGCAAGCGGCACGCUGGGUCAACGUCACGUACAACGACGAGAUUCCACGAGCCUUUCAAGGGACGGUGUAUCUGAACGGCUUCAUGUACUGCAUCGGAGGAUUAUACUGGAUGAAAUCGCCAUACGGGUUGAGAUUGACACGUAGUGUGAGAAGGUUUGACCCAGCCACCAGAAUAUGGGCUCACAUGAGCCCCAUGCGAUCUCGCCGAAAUGACCUGAGCGUGUGUGUGCUGGACGGUUGUAUCUAUGUGAUGGGAGGAUCUGAUGGCGCUGAACAUCUGAAUACGGUUGAGCGAUAUGAACCUGAGAAUGAUAAGUGGAGCAUGAUCGCGCCAAUGCACGAGCGAAGGAGCGAAGCAAGCGCUACAGUACUGAACGGCAAAGUGUACGUAUGCGGAGGGUUUGACGGGAGCGAGCAUUUGUUCACGGCCGAGUAUUACACUCCUCAGACGGGAGCGUGGACCCUCAUCCCCCCCAUGAUGAUCAGUAGGCGUGGACUGGGCGUGGUCGCAUACGGAGGACAGGUUUACGCUGUCGGGGGAUUUGAUGGUAAUAAUAAGCUAAGCGAUGUAGAGGUGUAUAAUCCUCAGACCAACGUGUGGAGAAAAGGUCCAGCCAUGAAUAACCAGCGCAGCCACUUCGGCAUUGCGGUGCUGGACAAUCUCAUGUUUGUUGCUGGAGGAAUUACCCACACUACGAUCAUGGAUGAAGUGGAGUGUUUUGAUGAGCAGACUUCUGAAUGGCAUGCAGUUGAAAACAUGGGGAUUUCCCGCCAUUCUCUGAGUUGCUGUGUGCUGUGUGGUUUACCCAACAUCGCCGAGUACACUGUGCCCCAAGACAAUCCCUACAGAAUCCCUCAGAGCUCACGGAGCACCAGGGGCUACCUCACACCUCCUGCCAAUGUCUGAGAUGUACAAAUAAACCUCUCCCUUCAUCAGCAUCCUUUUGUUCUCGAAAAUCAAAUGAAACAUUCUGAAGCAGUCAAACUACUGAAUUUGCCUUUUGUUUAUUCUCAUAUGCUGCAAGCUGUUGUACUGAAACUCGUAAAACCACAACGUCCCUCACGGAGACGUGCGAUGGAACAAUUAACGUCCACCGUCUUGAGAUCUCACACACACACACACACACACACCUGACAUCACAAUGACAUGGCGGCGCUCACGUGGCCAACACUAAACAGAAUUCCCUUCACGUUAUUUUCUAUGUGAUGAAACUCGACUUUGUUGACUUGUAGCUUUUGUGUCGUAUGUUUAGUUUCAUGAAGUAAUUCCGCAGAUUUUAGCCCAAAGUCACUAACGUGAUAAAAUCACUGUAACGGAUCAUUUUUACGAGCAAAGAUGAAGACAGGGGAUGACGAUUAUACAUCAUUUCUCUCUGAACAUCACAGAAAUAAUUCAUGUAGAUCUUAUUUAUAUGUUUAUCAAACUCAUAUAUGACCUUGCUCCGAGUAUCCACCCUUAUUUCCGAGCCGAGCCGGAACGCCUUUAGAUCGGAACACCUUUAGAUCGGAACGCCGGAAAACUGGUUCUGUACUUUCAGAGCUUAAGUACAACGGAGUGCAGCAUUAAUACCAGCAGAUCCACAGCGAGAGACUCUCGGAUAAUACUAUAAACACACCAGGUUCAAUUACACUACACUAAAACAAGAGAAAAAACAUGGAUUAGGAAAAAAGGACAUAAAAUAAUGACAAAGAGUAAAGGAAAAUGAGAGAUUGAUAGAGAAUAUGUGGGUGUGUGAGAGAGAAUGAGAGAGAGAGAGAGAUGAGAAUUACCACUCUUGCCAAUGUCCAACUGGGGGCAUCUACGAUGGCUAGACGAGUGUCGGCUAUGUCCGGUAACUGUCCGGCUAUGUCCGGUGAAAUCAAAGAGUUCAUGCAGUGCAAAGGCGAAGACAUCUCGCUGCUAGAGUACACAGAGUGGACACUCGACCUUGCCUUUUUAACGGACAUUACUGGGAAACUAAACCACUUGAACUGCGUGCUGCAAGGCAAGGGUAAGGCUGUUGUUGAUAUGAUAAGUGCUUUAAAUGCAUUUAAAGCCCAGAUGACCAUUUUCUCUGUGCAUGUACACUGAAAAAAGGUGCUGCACUUUCCCUCUGUGCAGUCGGUGCUGAAAGACAAUGCUUCUGCAUCUGAAACAUUUGACAAAGUUGCAGAAAAGUUGCAGAAAAGAAACUUUUGGUGCCUUCUUGACACAGAAAAGUACAGUGGGGUAUGCACAGCAGUUAUGAAAGUUGCCAGCCUGUUUGGUUCAUAGGCAUGAUAAAACAUACAAACAAGAAGUCAAGCUCAUUUUCUUUUUCUUGAGAACUGGACAACCUUUAAGUAUCUGCUUAUGCUGCUUAUUAGGUAUACUGUAGAUGACUUUCAGUAGUAAUUACAGUAAAUCUUAAUACAUUUGAUCCAUUCAAUGAAAAUAAAAUUAAUUUAAAAAAAACUAAUUAUGUGAGCAAAUUGCAGUUACUUGAAAUGAAACACAUGAUCCAUUCUAGGUAUCAAUGUGAAGCAGAAACAAGAAGGAAGAAAAAGGAAAACUGCUUGAAUUUUAACCACUGACAUCCUAAUUACAUAAACAUGAGUCAUGGCUUGAGUCAUUCCACACUGUCAUUGUUUCAGUGCUUGAUGUGAAAUUCAUUCACAAUUCAAGACUAACUAAUAGCUCAUGAAUACUUAUCAUGAUUACGUAUGUAAAUUAAUUUCCUACCCAACCCUGGCUAAUGUCAUUGACAUCUGAGAGCGUAAUUGUUAUGUAGAACCUGAAGAUGCACACGUGAGCACAUUCAAAUGUAUUAAAAACAUUCAAAUCAUAUUUGGUAACAUUUUAUUUGAAGGGUACAUUCAUAGUGCCUUUAUAGCAUAUACAUAAGAUAUUCAUAAAACUUACUACUUAUGAAUGUCACAAAGGCCCAUUAUAUA